UCAGGAAAGUCAAAUCCAAAAUUUUUUUGGGAAAUAAUCAUUGUUCGUUGUAAUGAAUCACAAUUCUUUAGAAUUUUGAUUUAGUUUAUUUAGGUACGUAUCUGGUAUUAAAUCAUUUGAGUUAGUGGUGUUAAUAAUUAAUAAAUAUUUUUGUUGUAGAGUAGAUUUUUUUGCAAUGGAAGAUAAUACUUCGAGUUACGAUGAAGUUAAAGAUUCGCCACUAAGUCCAAAAUUAGGUGGAAAAAAGUUUAAAUUAAAUGACGGAAGCUCCCAAGAUAGUUUCAAGGAAACAGGUAAAUAAACAUUUUCAUCGCCAAUUAGUAAUUGUUGCCACAACAGCGAAAAAAAAGUGACGUAAAAUACGUAUGAUUAAGUUGAUAGGUUUUUAUUCAGAUGCUUCUUCGAGUAAAGAUAAAAAGGAUGAAAAUGUGGAUAGCGGCAUAUCUGCAGACAAAUCGGAGAGCACGAGCAGUGAAGAUCGAGGUAAUGGGGUUGGUGAGGGUCCGUCAAACGAAGUUGUGAAUGCAGCACCUUCUAGCAGUAACGUACGCGACAUUUUGUUGAACAUUAGAAGACCCAGACGCUGCCGAAAUUAUAGAAAACGAAAGACGCCAGAUAGGGAUUCAGAUAGCAAUGACUCCUCAAGAGACUCAGAUGAUUUGUCACCAGAAGAAUUCACUGUAAAUUUGCAACCAGAUACUAGUAAUUCAGAUGGCGAAAGCUCAGAUGACCAUGGCUAUGUUCCUAAUUUUUCAAAUCCUUCACCUGAAAGUGGGUCCAGUUCAUCUUCAGAUAGUAAUGACAGUUAUGAUGAUGAUAUGGCCCAAAUACAGAGUGUUGAGAGUGAUAGUGAAGGAGAAGAACUGUGGUCUAGGACCAGAGAAAAUGAAGAUACUGAAGAAUUCAGAGGAGAACCACCCAGAGCUCUGCUCAAAGUCAGACCUAAGCAUAAUUAUUUUAUGUUAAGAGAAAUAAUAAACCGUGAGAUGGGAUUGUCAUUGCCCUGCAGUAAAAUUUCAAAAACCAAUGCUAUGUUUGAGCAGAAAUUUUAUGGGUCACUCCAUGUAGUUUAUAGAAUGGACAAACUAUAUCAGUUAAACCAACAUAAAGGCUGUGUAAAUUCAAUAAAUUUUCACCCUGAAGGCCAUCUCUUAGCAUCAGGUUCAGACGACCAGAAUGUGGUUGUGUGGGAUUGGGCUCGUAAUCGCGCGUUGCAGACCAUCAAGACCGGUCAUAGAUCGAAUGUGUUUCAAAGCAAGUUUCUACAUUUGAACGCUAAGAGCCAACUGAACAUAGUCACAUGUGCUAGGGAUGGUCAGGUAAAACAGUUUAGACUUUUCAUUGUUAUUAUCAGUGUAGCAGUUCACUGACUUGUGUUUGAAAUUUAUAAAAACUAAUAUUAAUUGACUCUGCCACUAAUCUUGACACCUCAAUAUAUUGAUAAACCUAUUGAUUUAAAAAGUAUUUUUCCCAUAGGUUCUUAAAAAAUUUAAUUACAUAUAUAAUGACGACUGACAGUCGGGACCCAUUCAAAUUUUACCAAUUAAAUCUUUCCAAGGGGCCCCGACUGUGAGUCGUUCUGUUAUUUAGUAUUUCUUAACUGAAUUCUAAUCUACCAGGCUUGUUUCUUUUUAGUUUUUAUUUAAGUUAAUUUUUUCAUGUAUAUUUUUUUUUAAUUCGCUUUUAUGCAAUCUGGUUUUUAUGGUUAUAUAAAUAAAAAUGAAUUUCCGUUUGUUAGUCUCGCUAAAACUCGAGAACGGUUGAACCGAUUUGACAAAUUUUAGUCUUGAAAUAUUUGUGGAAGUCCUGGUAAGGUUUCAAUGAUAAGAAAAAAUGUCAAAAUUGAGAGUAUAAUACUAAAAACGACUAUUCGAUUUUCCCAUACAAACUGUUCUUAGCUGUCAAACGUUCAGUUGACAAUCAAUAUUUAUGGUCGUGUAUUGGUCAGUUUACGCAAUAUUUUUCAAUUGUUGGUUCGUUUUGAUAGCACGUAAAAAAAGACAUGCUGUCGCCAUUAUAGCUAUUAGUGCAUGAAAACAUUAUUAAUUUAAACUUUAUUUAUAAUUAUAACCCUAUUAUAUGGUUUUUAUUUAGAGGUAAGUGAUACGAAGUUCACCGGGUCAGCUAGUAAUAAUAGUUAUAUAAGAUACGAGUGCGGAAAGUAAGGUUUUUCGAAUAAGGGCCAAAUUCAUUGGCACGAAUUCGAAAAACCUUUUACGCUCAAGUUUCUUACAACAUUUUUCAAUGCUUUUUGUGAGGAAAUAAAACAAAUAUAUAGGUUAAUAAAACUAAGUAUGUAUUAAAGGUAAAAAUUAUUUGUUUAAAAUUAAACGUGAUAUUUGAACAUGUUUUCGUGUCAUAUAUUUUUAUUUCAAAAUAUUCUUUCUAGGCUCCUUGAAAUACUUUUGCCUCUAAAGUUUGACAUAUUUUUAUCAAUUUUUUUUUUAAAUUUCUUUGGUCCUCGGUCAAAAAAAAAUUAAAAAAAAUCUUUUAAGCAUGUGUGCAGUAAAGGAUUUCAGUACAUUGGUAUUAAACACGUGUUUAAAGUCUCACUUUCGGUGUUUACAAUGGAUUAAAAAAAUAGCGCUUCAUGAGCAACCUCUUCAUCUUCUGCUGAUAUCUGGAAGUUUCUCGGAACACUAGGUAUUGGUAAAUCGCGAUGUUUAGACCUUCCUAAUUCAAUAAACUUAAACGAACUCAAUCGUCACUUCAGUACUACUUCAAAGCUUGAUCAUCAAUCGACAGCACGUACUAUUAAUUUCAUAAAUGGUUUAACGCGUCCCAAGAUUGACCUUUUCCAUUUCUCACCAGUCACAUCGGCGGAGAUCAAAAAGAUUAUACUCUCUAUCAAAUCGAAUGCAGUGGGUUGUGACGAUAUCAGUCGUCGCAUGAUCACCAUGGUACUCGACCAUCUUCUCCCUGUUAUCACGCAUAUUAUUAACUCUUCUCUUGAAUCCGGAACUUUCCCUAUCCUGUGGCGCAAAGCCUAUGUACGCCCCCUUCCCAAAGUUUCAAAUCCAACUCAACCCAACCAAUUUCGUCCUAUUUCAAUUCUUCCUUUCAUGUCCAAAGUCCUCGAGGCAUGUGUUCAUAAACAAUUUUCACAGUUCGUUCAGAAGAAUUCCCUAUUGAAUCCACUGCAAUCGGGAUUCAGACCUGGGCAUAGCACUGUCUCUGCACUCCUAAAAGUGACUGGCGAUGUUAGGGCGGCGGUGGAGGACGGUAAAGUUACUUGUCACGUUCUUAUUGAUUUCUCCAAUGCUUUUAAUACUGUUAGUCACGACAUCCUUCUUUCCAUGCUCUCUCAUCUUAUGGUCUCUGACGAUGUUUUAACAUGGUUCUCAUCUUAUCUUCGGGAGCGACAGCAGAUAGUCCAGUCUGGCGAGACUACUUCGUCUUGGUGCAAUCUGGAAACUGGUGUUCCCCAAGGCGGCAUUCUUUCACCUCUUCUUUUUUCAAUUUUUAUUGAUUUCGUCACUCACAAACUUCAGUGUUCGUAUCAUCUGUACGCUGAUGACUUACAGUUAUACACCGAGGCAAGUAUCAAUGAAUUAGAUAAUGCUAUUGAUAGACUUAACAGUGACUUAGCAGCUAUAAAAAUCUGGUCGAAUAAUUUUGGUGUCUCUGUUAAUCCUUCAAAAUGCCAAGCUAUAAUAUUUGGGGGGCAACGAAUCAUGAAGAAGAUUAACUUCAAUAAUCAUGGCUCCAUUAUGUAUGAUGGUAGUUCGAUCCCUUUUAGCCCUAGUGUAAAAGAUCUUGGAUUACAUCUCGACUCAAGCU